GCCAACCCACUCACAUCACUCGCUCUCUCCCUUCUCUCUCUCUCGCACACAAAAUCUAAUACGUACAAGCACCGCAGCUAAGCUCUCUCUCUCUCUCUCUCUCUCUCUCUGAGGCCAGGUCAAGGUUAUAGCUAGCUAGGGUGAGAAAGCCUUCACAUAGAAAGGAAGAAAAUAUCUCAACCAAACCUCUCUGUCUUUAGGGUUCUUCUUUGAAUUAUUUUUUAAUUACCGUCUUCUUCUUCUACUUCUUCCUCUUCUUCUUCCAAUAUGUCUGACGAAAACAAGUGUUCCUUCCACUAUGAUCCUAAUUGCAACCUUGACAACCAGACUCUCUUUCCCUUUUUACGCGACAAUUAUUCCUCUGUGUUGAUGUAUAAUGACCAUAUGGCAGCUGCAUCGCCAUCACCAGUACUACAAAACCAUCAAGGGUUUGAUCCAUCUAACUACAUGAGCUUCACUGAGAGCUUGCAUGGAUCUAUGGACUAUAACACCCUCUCAAGAGCCUUGGACCUGUCUUGCUCAUCAUCUGAAGUAAUUUCCGCCAUCGACGAUGAUUCGAGAAAGGGCGGUAGCAGUUUGGGAGAUCAGUCGGUGGGCAAUGGUGAAAACCCGGCCACGCCGCUUUCCUGCGUGUCUUCUUCUUCUGCGGAGGCAGCGGUUGAGGAAGAUUCCGGAAAUAAGAGUAAGAAAGUCAUGCAGGCAAAAGGUUGUGAAAGUGGAGAGGAAAUUUCUAAUAAAGUGAACAAACCAAAGAAGAAAGGAGAGAAGGCGCAGAGGGAGCCACGGUUUGCGUUCAUGACUAAGAGUGAAAUUGAUCAUCUUGAAGAUGGAUACAGAUGGAGAAAAUAUGGACAGAAGGCUGUCAAGAAUAGUCCUUAUCCAAGAAGUUACUAUAGAUGCACCACGCAAAAGUGCACUGUGAAGAAACGAGUGGAAAGAUCAUUCCAAGACCCAUCGGUAGUGAUAACUACAUAUGAGGGGCAGCACAAUCAUCACUGUCCAGCAACACUCCGAGGAAACGCUGCGGGAGUGCUAUCGACUUCUCUCUUUCCAUCGGCGGCAUCAACAGGAAAUUCCAGAUUUACCCGGGAAUUUCUAAGCCAAAUGCUUCCCACAAAUAAAAACGAUUACCAAUGCGACCCCAGCUCGAGCUUCUACUAUCAAAGCCUCCCUCAGCAGCAGCAGCAGCAGCUCCAAUUUUCUGAUUAUGGCUUAUUGCAAGAUAUGCUUCCACCGUCCAGCCAUGAGCAGGAGCCGUGAAAUAAGUCGAUCUAACUCUCCGAAUUUAGCUAUUUAGUUUGCAUAGAUUAAUAUAAGCAGCCAGCUAGCUAUCUCUUCGGUUCACAGCAUCGGAGCAUCAUAUAUGAAGAUCAUAAGCCUCUUGUUGGAGUGCAAGAGUGGAAGAAGAUGGCCUGAGUUGAUAUGGGCACGCAGAUUAGGUCUAUCUUUUGAUGAGCAAUGCUGGGUUUUGUACAAAUAGAUAAAUACCAAUAUGUAUGAUAUCCCGGUGUGCUUGUUAAUCAUCCCUUGAAUUUAUUUAUGUCUGAAUGUUUAAUAUAUUAAUGGAUCUAAUAUUGAAAAUGCAA